UGCUGAGCGGAUCUUCUCAAAGUCACGUUGACAGAAAUUGGCAGUGUGUGUGUGUUAGUGCAGAAAGUCAGCGGUGUUUAAAUCAUGGUGUUUCUGACUUUAUCGUGUUGGAUCCGGAACCGAGGUCCAGACCGGUACUGGAAGGUUCAGGAGCUUUUAAAGCACGCGCGGCACUUUCGAGGAAGGAAGAAUCGCUGCUACAGUUUGGCAGUGCGUGCCGUACGCAGGGCGUUUGUUUAUGCCUCCAAAGCGAGGAAAGCCAAACGGCGCAGCAUGAGGACGUUGUGGAUCUCUCGUGUGGCUGCAGCCUGUCGGGAACACGGCAUGAAAUAUCCUGUCUUAAUGUAUAACCUCGUGCAAUGCAGUGUGCAGUUGAACCGGCGUGUGCUGAGCGACCUGGCCGUCACGGAGCCGCGCACAUUCCAGGCGCUGGUGGAGUUGGCGCGAGCUCGGCAGCAGGAGGGUCUGCGGGCGGCGCUGGGUGAUGGGAAAGAGCCUCCCGGUGUGUUCUCGCGCAUCACACAGCUGCAGUGACGCACAGCUCUCGCAGCCAAUCACAGCACAGCUUCUCCACUGAGUCGCCUCUGAAUCAGCUGUUCUUUUUGACACAACGUGUGAAGGAGGUGUGUGUGGGUGAACAUGGAGAACCUGGUCACUUGAUCCGACAUCACUGUGUCUGCUUUAAGAUCAGCAGAGACUCUGAUCAGGGUGUUGAAGGAAAAGUGAUUAAAGUGUGUUGUGUGUAAAUAUACAAGCAGAACAAACACAAUGACCAUCAUGUGAUGUCCCUGUUAUUAAAUUGUUUUCCUACAUCGUC